CUCAAUUCACAACUUUCAAAACAUUUUUUCCGCGUGCUGCGGUGGGCUGGGUCGUGAUGUCACCAAAGGUUUUAAAGAGCAGCAGCUCACCUCAAAGACAAAGCAGACAGAGAAGAUGGAGACUCAACACUCGAACCUUGACACCGGCACGAGACGUCGGGGCUGCAACAUCAAGCUGUUCGUGCUGUGCCACAGCCUCCUGCAGCUCUCUCAGCUGCUCUACAGCUCCUACUUCAAAAGCACCAUCACCACAAUCGAGCGACGCUUUGGCCUCAGCAGCUAUUCCUCUGGAACCAUUUCCUCCCUGCACGAGGUCAGUAACACCGUGCUCAUUGUGUUUGUGAGUUACUUUGGGAAUCGUGUUCACCGCCCACGUGUCAUUGGAAUCGGUGGACUGCUGAUGUCCGUCAGUGCCUUGAUCCUGACUUUACCUCACUUCAUAUCGCAGCCAUACCAAUACGAAUCUGUUUUCCAUGACCGCCACGACAUUUGUAACCUGCACGCAAACCUGAGUGCCUCGGAGUCCUGCGGGCGUGGGGAGACCAGGCGGCUGACCGACACUGGCAUGUUGUGGUUGCUUAUGGGCAGUGCCCAGCUGCUGUUUGGUGUGGGCUCAGUGCCCAUCCAACCCUUUGGGAUUUCCUACAUCGAUGACUUUGCUGGAGCUGGAAAUUCGCCUCUUUACAUCGCCAUCCUUUUUGCUGUUUCUGUAUUUGGACCUGCCUUUGGAUACCUGCUGGGUUCUGUCAUGCUGCGGAUCUAUGUGAAUGUGGACAGAGUUGAUUUAGCAGCUGAACAAGAACUGAGCCCCAGUGAUCCUCGGUGGGUGGGGGCCUGGUGGAUGGGCCUCCUCAUUACCUCUGGAUGUCUGCUGCUCUCCUCCAUCCCGUACUUCUUUUUCCCGCGCAGAAUACCUUCACACAACAAAGUGACAGGAAUUGAAGCUGACGUUAGUGAUGACUUGAAGAAACCAGAUGUCUCGUUACUUCAGUUCCUAAGAGUAAUGUUUCCCAGAAUGUUUGUGCCUCUGCUGAGCCCGCUCUUCAUGAUGCUGGUUCUGGCCCAGUGUUGCUUCUCCUCAGUUAUGGCGGGACUCACCACAUUCCUCAACAAGUUCCUCGAGCAACAGUAUAGUGCCUCACCUGCUGACAGCAGUCUCCUCAUCGGUGCUGUGAAUCUGCCUGCUGCUGCAGUAGGGCUGCUGAUCGGAGGCUACAUCAUGAAGAGGACUGGUUUCUCUCUGAAGGCUAUCCCGCGAUUCUCUGUGAUCAUGCUUUCAUUGUCCACCCUUGUCUGCAUCCCGCUCUUCAUGGGCUGUUCCACACAAAACGUGUCAGAGGUCAAUCAUUACGAAACUGGACCGUAUGUUUGCAAAGGAUGCUGUGAUCCUGCUGUGCUGGGACUUGAGAAGCUGAGUAAGGACCAUUUCUCUGGGCAUGACCCAGCGUACAGGUGCUUCAUUAAGGACCGCAGCAAGUGGAAAAGGCUAAGACGCUGCUCAUGUAUCACCUGCUGUGGCAGAUACGUCUCUGUCUGUAUGUUAUGCCAAUGUUCCUGUCCUGUCGGUGCCUUCAACCCUGUGUGUGGAUCUAAUGGAGUGGAAUACAUUUCUCCUUGCCAUGCAGGGUGCACAAACUUCACCAGAGACCCCAACAACACCUACAGGGUUCAGGUGUAUACUAACUGCAGGUGUAUACCCGGCAGCCAGAGCCACGCCCACCCAGCUUCCUGUCCAAACAACUGCCCUCAUUUUCUCCUCCCCGUCAUGCUCCUCAUCUCUCUGGCUGCACUGAUCGCCAGCCUGACACACAACCCCCUGUACAUGAUGGUGCUCAGGACUGUUCCAUAUGAAGAGAAAUCUUUUGCUAUAGGAAUCCAGUUCUUGCUUCUGAGAGUCCUGGCCUGGCUGCCAGCCCCUGCUGUUUUUGGAAUGGCCAUUGACACAUCAUGUAUCUGGUGGAGGCAUGUCUGUGGGAAAAAGUUUAGCUGUGGUUACUAUGACAACAACAUCCUGAGAAACCGGUACUUGGGCCUACAGGUAGGCUACAAGGUCAUGGGUGUCAUUCUACUGGUAAUGCUGGGGUGGAAGGUGCAGCGGAUCCAGGAGUACAGUCUGGAGAAGAAGCCAGAAGAUCCACUGUGACCCUGCAGGC